AUGGGGGGAAUAUAUUAAAAAGAAGAAGAAGAUGAAGCGCGUCUGAAAAAAGCUACGUUUGGUUUUAAAUCAUUUUCUCCCCUUUGGAGGCUUCUGAGGUGUUGCGAGAGCGUGCGUUAAUAUAGAUUCAAAACGAAGACUGCUCCGAUGGCUGAUCCUGAACUAGAAGCUAUCAGGCAGAGGAGAAUGCAAGAGCUCAUGGCUCAACAUGGCACUGGGAAGCAGGGCAAUCAGCAGAAUCCAGAUCAAGAGAGAGCACAAGAAGAUGCUAAAAGGGAAGCUGAUGAACGUAGACAAAUGAUGCUUAGUCAAAUACUGUCUUCCCAAGCCCGAGAGAGAAUUGCUCGAAUUGCACUGGUGAAACCUGACAAGGCUAGAGGCGUAGAGGAUGUUAUUUUAAGAGCUGCUCAAAUGGGACAGAUUGUUGAGAAAGUUUCUGAGGAGCGGCUCAUAACCCUCUUGGAACAAAUAAACAGCCAAACUAGCAAGCAGACCAAAGUCACGAUCCAGAGACGUCGUGGGGUGGACGACGAUUAGAAAGAAGAAGAUUAUGCUGUGCUUUUGUAUAUCUAUGGAGAUCUCACUGUUGAGUUGGUGAGUUCUAGUUAGAUGUUACCGUGAAAUAUGUUUAUUCUGAGUGAAUCUUAAUGAUCUUCCAAAUGGUUGGGAUGUGAUAAAGAGUAAUCUCAAACUGAAACUCUGCAUUUUAUAUUUUGGACAUUUCAUUUGAUUCUAUUCCGACUCUUUUUUUUUU